GGGUGAGACAUGGCGGAGUUUGUAGUCACAGACAGGGCUGUAAGAGAGUUUUUACAGUUUCCAAAAUGCUGAAAGAACUCAAAUUCUGGCUUAGUUUCCCUUCGUAGCACGUCACAGUCCAGCUUGAAGUAGCAGAGGUUUAUUUAUUUUUCUCUCGAGAAGGACGGAGCGUCGGGCGUCGGGUGGGGAGAGAAAAAAAAUGUGUUGUCAUCUUUGCUCAGUCAACAGCCUCAGGCAACAAAUAUGGCUUCUUCUUGUGUAUCCUUCAUUUCGGGUUGAAAACCGCCCCGAGUGGGUCGAGCGGGACAGUUUUCAGUAGCUUGCCCGAAGUGAGGUCGACUAACACGGAGAGAGACUUCGAAGCGGGGACAAGCAGGAGGAGGGGGGAAGGAAGAUGGAGCUUCAACAUAAAGAGUUGCUGGAGAAAUGCUACCAGAACUUAGUGGAGUCCAUAACAGACGCGGACCGAGUCGUGGACGUUUUGUCUCGCCGUGGGGCCCUCAGUCAGUCAGAGCUGAUGGAGCUGGGACACCACUGCGUCUCCGGUUCUGAGAAAGUGGACCUUCUCCUGAAGAUACUGAUGAGCAAGGACCGGGACUGCUUCGCGGAGUUCUGCACGGCUCUAGAGGCGACUCACCCUCACCUGCACUCCCUGCUGCUGGAUGGCACCACUGGGUCUACUUACAGCGUUCUGUCCACCAUGCCAUCAGACUCGGAGAGCAGCAGCUCGCUCAGCAGCUUGGGUGAGUGUGGCACCCCUGGUACCUCUGGUCAAGCCUCUUCCCCUCUUCCUGCCCAUGUCGACGUCCAUCAGACAAGUGAAAAGAUGGAGACGGUGCUGUUCCAGCUGAGACAAGUGACUCGUGAGAGGGAUGAACUGCUCAAACGUGUGGCCCUCCCUACAGCUGGAAACUCUAUUGAUGAAUGCAGACUAAACUCAAGAUCAGGCCAUGACUAUGAGCGUCUAAAGCUGCAGUGCAUGAAGGCAAUGGCGGACCUGCAGUCCCUGCAGAACCAGCACAGCACCACUCUGAAGAGGUGCGAGGAGGCUGUCAAGAAGGCAGACUUUUAUCGACGUCUGGCGAGUGACCACGACCAGCUAAAAGAAGAGCUAGAGGCUGUGAGGCAACACAACAUCCAGCUGGUUAGAGAGCACAACCAUGUGAAGCAGACCUGUGAGGAGCUCAGGAGGCUGCAUGAGGAAGACCAGAGGGAGGUGGCUGAUAUGAGGCUUCUGCACCAGCAGGUGAUGAGAGAAGGAUCAUCUGAUGUCCUGAACAAGCUGUACGAAACAACUGUGGACAAACUGGAGGCAAUGAAAAGCGAAUACGAAACUUUGAGGAAGCGCUACAAUGAGAAGACGGCCAGUCAUAAUGCCGACCUGAGCCGUUUGGAUCAAUUUGAGGAGGAGAAUCAUCGUUUGCAGAAGACCCUGGACAUCCUGUCGAAACAGAGGGACGCUGCUAUCCACUACCAGCAGCAGUUUUCCGCAUCUGUUCAGAGGUUCGAUAACACCCAACAUGAGCUCUCCAAGGCCACAGUCCAGAAUCUGGAGCUACAGAGAGAGCUGGAGCGUCUGCAGUCGGAGACGACGCGACUUAAAACCCAGCAGCUGAAGGCCGUAAAGGACUGCGAGAAGUACAAGGAGGAGCGGGACUCUGUAAUCAAUGAAUACCGCCUGAUUAUGAGUGAGAGGGACCAGGUGAUCAAAGAGGUGGACAGGCUCCAGACGGGGCUGGAGGUGGCGGAGGCAAAACUCAAGAACAAUUCCUCAGAGAGACGAGUGGCCAACGAGGAGUUGGAGGCUUUACAGCAAGAGCUAGCUUCAGCACUGGUGGACAGGGACCGAGCUAUUUGCGAAAAGAACGAACUGCUGGAGAAAUACUGCCAUGAGGUAAAGGACAAAACUGAGGCCCAGAAAGAGCUGAACCAGGCCUGCAAGGACAUCGAGAUGGUGCGUGAGGAAAGGGAUGUGGCCCGCAAAGAGAGAACAGAAGCCAUCAUCCAGAGGGACCAGCUGCUGCGAGAGUAUUACCAGGCCAGACAGAAACAAGACUCUGCCACUCUGGACAUGGAACGGGCCAACAAAGAGAUUGAGAUUCUUAGGAAGCAGUAUGAGGCCAUUUCUCAGGAGCUUAAGGAGGCUCUGCAAGAGGCAGAGGUCGCUAAAUGUCGACGGGACUGGGCUUUCCAGGAGAGGGACAAGAUCGUGGCAGAGAGGGAGAGCAUUCGGACAUUAUGCGACAACCUGAGACGAGAGAGAGACAGGGCUGUGAGCGAUCUGGCAGAUGCUCUUAGAAAUCUGGAUGAUACGAGAAAGCAGAAGAACGAUGCUAUGCGAGAACUCAAAGAACAAAAGGAGAAGUUGGAAGACCAGUUGGAGACAGAAGCCAGAUAUCGCCAGCUAAUGGCUCACAGUUCACAUGACUCAGCCAUAGACACAGACUCCAUAGAGUGGGAAACGGAAGUUGUAGAGCUGGAAAAGCACAGGGAUAUGGAUUUGAAAGCACUUGGUUUUGAUAUUGCUGAAUGCGUAAAUGAUCCAUAUUUACCAGGAGAUAGUGGGAUAUUUGUUUCCAAGGUGGACAAAGGAAGUGUUGCAGAAGGAAGAUUAAGGGUGAACGACUGGUUGUUGAAAAUUAAUGAUGUGGAUCUGACCAAUAAGGACAGAAAGCAAGUGAUCAAAGCUGUGUUGAGCUGGGAGGGAGUAAUCAAUAUGGUAGUUCGAAGGAGGAAGUCACUUGGAGGACGAGUCAUCACCCCAAUACAGAUUAACCUGGCUGGACACAAAGACUGUGGAAUUGGUUUGGAGAGUGGAGUAUUUGUUGCCACAUUGGCUGCAGGAAGUCCUGCUACCAGAGACUGUAAUCUCGCUGUGGGUGACAGACUGUUGGCUAUCAAUGGAAUUGAACUUCAUGACAGAUCUCUUCCUGAAUGUGAGUCUCUGCUGAGGACCUGUGACAACUCUCUCAGUAUCUCCCUUAUGAAGUUCCUUCCUCAGAGCUCUUCUGGACAGAAUUUAUUUGAAGGUAUGAGAGACUCUGAAAAGACCCUGCGUCUCCAAUCCGGUGAGCUCCACCCCAGAGGCUGCAAGAACUCCAAGCACAACUGCUCAACUCAAACGGACAUUUGCAACUGCAAGUCGAGCAUUAGACAGGAGGAAGUAUGUAAAGAUACAUGCGAUUCCCUGGAAAACGGUGGCAACAGCAGCACUCAUUCCCAUCACAAAUCCUUCUCCAACUGCUCCCAGCACUCCUGCUCUUUGUCCAUGUCCCACAGUCUGUCAGAGCCUCACCCAGCGUUCAGCUACCAGCGCCAGGAGCUCAGUCCUCGUUCCCUUACAUUCACGCCUUUGGUGUCUAACUGCAGCCCUCCUCAGUCGCCUGUGGACAGAGGACAGAGCCCACCAGUGAAGGCCGGUGGAGGAACGUGGCCUAAAGUCAUAGUUGGGGCUUCUCUCACUGAGUGCACACAGCUGUCCAUCUUCAAAAAACCCAAACAGAGAAAGUCCAUCUUUGAAGUAAACGCUUUCAGGAGGCCAGAGACAGCUUCUAAACUGGACUACAUGUCGAAGCAUUCGCCACAGAGUUCAGCAUCUGAAACUUCUCAGACGCCUCCCACCCCGCCCACCAGGAGCGACUCUUUUAGAUUUAAGCAUCGGCAACAGAAUAGCUCUGCGUCUGACUCCACCAUCACCACUGGCACGCCACCAGCCUCCCUGGCCCUGGCAGCAAGCCCCCAGGAUGAGGGAUUUGUGGGAAGCCAGGAAUAUUACACCAACAUACCUGCAGGAAAAAACAAAAAGAACUUCAAGGAAGAGGACGAGAGCCGACGGCGGACCGAAGUGCAGGAAAAGAGGAGGUACAGGCCAAAGUCAGCGCCAGCUCUACGGCGGAACGUGACUCCGUUGCACAUUCCUGCUCCCAUGCAGACUCAGGUUUCCUCCGAUGAGCUCUCUCCAGAGCCAGUGGACUUGUUACGCUUCUCUCCUUUGAGAACAAAUCGGUACAGCGUGCCAUUUGCCCCCCCAAGCUAUUUGACAGCACACCUUCCACAGCGACGUGCAGCACCAUGCCCUGCAAUGACUGCUGUGAUGAGGAACCCAGUUUACACAGCGUGGAGCCAUGAGAUCCAGAACUGUCCUCCAGUUCCCAAUUCAGGCCUUGAUCAACAUCCACAAAGCCCCCAGCAACAGGCUCCUCUCAGUUUGGACCUUGGCCACAAGCGCAAUGGACGCUUGAGUGAGACGAGCCACAGCCAACCACCACACAGCACCAAGUCUUUGCCCUCUGGAGCCAGACUGAGCUCUCCUAGUACUUUACAGUUUAGGGCAGAGCGGAUAAAAAUCCCUCCGGCCCGUUACUCUCGCUCCACCGGCUCUGACAAAGCGUCUCUUUCACACUCAGAGUGCAGCAGCCCAACCCCUCCCAUAUCCCCUGUCAACCUGGACACGUCGUCUUUCUCCAGCAGCCAGUCACAGAGCUCAGUUUCUUCCCAUCCCAGGAUAUCAGUUAGCCCUGCUCCAGUUGGUGACAGGAGGAAGGAUGGAUUUGUUUCUUCCUACACACCUUCUGUUAGACGUCCAGCAGGAAAGCCCUUGUUCUUCUCUUUGAGAAGCUUGAGGCCUUUUUUAGGGGAGCCACGCAAUGUGACGGUACAGAAAGGAGUAGAACCGCUUGGGAUCUCCAUUGUGAGUGGAGAAAAUGGAGGAGUGUUUGUUUCCAAAGUAACACUGGGGAGCAUCGCUCAUCAGGCUCGUCUAGAGUACGGAGACCAGCUGCUGGAGUUUAAUGGAAUCAACCUUCGCAACGCCAACGAGCAACAGGCACGGCUGGUGAUCGGACAACAGUGUGACAUGGUCAGCAUUUUGGCUCAAUAUAAUCCUCACAUGUUUCAGCUGGGGAACCACUCCCGAUCAGGUUCUCAAAUGGAGUCCAGCAGCAACCAUCUGACUACCAGUCCAGACAAUCACUCCGCUAUAGACACACUGAGCGAACAGGACGAGGGAACAAUGACACCUCCUUCCAGGCAGACUACUCCUGCCACAAGUCCACACAACUCUUUCAGGCUUCCAGGUUCCCUUUUACUGCGGGCUGCAGAGCCUCGCCUGGUGAGGCUGAAGAGGAUUGAUACAGAGUUGGGUGUGCAGAUCUGUGGAGGAAAUGUUUGUGGCAUCUUUGUGGAAAUGCUGGAUGAUGAAAGCCCGGCAAAGACUCCUGACGGACUGCUUCCUGGAGACCUAAUACUGGAGUACAAUGGUGUCAGCAUGAAGAAUAAAACUAAAGAAGAUGCUUACCUGGAAAUGUUGAAACCAGCUGAUCAAGUCAUGUUCAAGGUCCAGAACUAUGGGGACAGCCUUGCUGUCAUCAAAGAAUCUCAAGGAGAUGGAUUUUUCAUCAGAACGCUUUAUGAGCGGGUUGCAGAGCAGGAGCUGAGCUUUAAGAAGGAUGACAUCCUGUAUGUUGAAGACACUUUACCAAAUGGCAACUUUGGCUUCUGGAUGGCCUGGCAGCUUGAUGAGAAUGCACAGAGGCUGGAGAGGGGACAAAUCCCAAGCAAAUACAUGAUGGAUCAGGAGUUUUACAAAAGACACGGCUUGGCUGACAUGAAGGAUGAGAACGGAACCAGUAAGUCCAUGUCUGCUGCUGCUCGGAGGUCGUUUUUCCGUCGGCGACUGAAGCACAAACGAAGCGGCUCCAAGGAUGGGAAGGACCUGAUGGCUCUCGACUCCAUAAGCACAGAUUCUUUGCCCAUCCCGGAAGAUGGAAUAAGCCUGAUGUACCAGCGGGUUCAGAAGGUGGACUGCUCGUCCCCCAGACCGGUGCUGAUCUUGGGUCCGUUAGUGGAGGCCUGUAAGGACCUGCUGGUGACUGAGGCUCCUGCUAACUUCUGCCGCUGCUUGCCUGAAAUCAUGAAGGCAUCUCAACAGGCAAUAGAGCGAGGAGUGAAGGAUUGCGUGUUCCUCGAUUACAAACGGAGGAGCGGCCAUUUUGAUGUGACAACUGUUGCAUCAAUAAAGGAGAUCAUAGAAAAGGACUGUCACUGUUUACUUGACAUUGCUCCUCACGCCAUUGAACGUCUUCACAGCGUUCACAUCUACCCAAUCGUCAUAUUCAUUCGAUACAAAAAUGCCAAGCAAAUAAAGGAGCAGAAGGAUCCUCUUUACCUGCGGGAUAAACUCUCUCAGAAACAUUCCAAGGAGCAGUUUGAAGCGGCACAGAAAAUUGAGCAGGAUUACAGCCGGUUCUUCACAGGCGUUGUCCAAGGAGGCAGCGUCUCCUCCAUUUGCACUCAAAUCUCGACCAUCGUGGAGCACGAGCAGAAUAAAGUCCUCUGGAUUCCAGAUGAAGCACCAUAGAGAUUUCACUCUCACACUUAUGUAGCAUUUUUUUUUAAUCAUAGGGUGCACUACAAAUUGCUGACACUUCCGUUAACGUCCAAGGCUUACUCAAUUUUACAAACAUUAGCACAGAUGAUGGUAAUAAUGAAAUAUUCCCACUACAUUAGUGAUAUACUGAGCAGCAAAUAGGUUUGUUUACACUAGUAUUUGAUACUUGAAUGUUCUGUUCUCCCUCAGAUGUGGUAGCACUCCUAAAAUUCCUUUUUGUUGCCAUAAAAUAAUGUUGGACCACAUUGAAGACCAUAUUCCUGAAGUGAUGAUGGACUAGACUACAAUGCUCUUUCUUCCUUUUCUAUAUUUAUAUGCAUUUUCUUUUCAUUUAUUUUUCUCUAAUUAUUAGGAAGAAUAUUUUCCAUUUAAUUCUUAUUUAUAGAGGAGAAAAUUGUCUCUUCCUUAUAUUUUGUUUUGUGGUAUGAAGGUUCCCUUUCCAUUUCAGUCCUCAUAAAUAACAUUGUGCCAAUCCAGGUUUUGUUUGUCUUUUAAAGCUCCAGGUUUUCUAGUUUUAACACUAUGUCCCCUGCUUAUGUAUUUCCAGUUCUGCCAGUAUAGAUUUUUUUUUGUUGUUAAAUUAAACUGAAAGAAGGGACUGUUUUUAUUUUGAAUAUCAUAGAUGGCUGUCAGUUAAACACGCUCACAGGUACCAUGUGAUUCAUCCUGGCACAUUUCGUCUUAGAUAAAACACUUGCGAUGAGUUCAAGGUUAAUAUUUCCUUACAAAUAAUAAAAACUAAUUAUAGUUGAA